UAUAAACCCCUCCAGAUCGAUAAGAAUCCAGAUCGAUAAGAAAAAAAUAAUAAUAUUUGCGACGAAGUCAACUCAACGCCACGAAAGUAUUGGUUUUUUUCUUGAGGACAUAUAAUUACAAUAUGGCCCCGUACGAUAGCGAUUCGUCUGCUGGCGAAGAAGAUGACUUUACCGAGACCAACGUGCUCCUCGGAUAUGCAUCAAGAGACGCUGGUGAUGAUUUUAUAAGUCGAUUGGGUGGCCGCCCGGAAUGGCUGGACCCGAACAAUGCGCCAUCAGCUGCUCUCGCAAGAUGCAAGAUAUGCAAGGAUAUUAUGGUCCUACUCCUACAGCUAGACGGCGGACUACCGAAUCGCUUCCCCGACCAUGAGCGCCGACUAUACGUCUUCUCUUGCCGGCGGAAGACAUGUCGUCGAAAAGAGGGUAGCAUCCGCGCUCUACGAAGCGUGCGUAUAGCUCCUGGAAGCCCUACAGCAGCUGUCACAACUACAACGAAGGAGGAGAAGGCAAAGCCGAAAGAAGAAAAGCCAAAGUCGCAACCGCCAUCCAAUCUAGGCGAGACACUCUUUGGCGCUCAGUCGCUCGGCUCCCCAUUCGGCUCCACCAACCCGUUUUCCACAUCUACUACAUCCUCACCCGGCGGUAAUCCAUUCGCUACCAGCGGAAACCCCUUCAGCAAUCCCUCCUCUCCACCUCCAGCUAGUACGGAGAUAAACCCCGAACCCAAGCCAGAACCCUCGGCGCCAUCUACCAACACAUCCACAGACGAAACCAAAUCCCUACCCCGGACCUUCGCCCAAACCCUCAACCUAAACAACGACCAACAAACCCCCUCCCCCCAACUCCCCUCCGAGCCCUGGCCCACCGAAGCCGACCAACCAACCCCCUACCCAAUCGCCUACCUCUCCGAAGCCGAGUACGAGACCCUAGACCCGACCCCCGCGCCCGCCAUCCCCCAAAACACGCGCCUGGUAGACGUCGACUACGACGGCAGCAGCAGCAACACCAAAGGCGGCAAAGAAGACCGCGAAGUCUUCGAGUCCUCUAUGGACGCCGCCUUCCAGCGCUUCGCAGACCGACUCGCGCAGAACCCCGAACAAGCGAUCCGGUACGAGUUCGGCGGACAGCCGCUGCUGUACUCGAAGACGGAUGCCGUGGGGAAGCUGUUUGCGGCGCCUGGGACCGGGGGGGUCACGACUGCGGCGAAGGGGAUGCCGCGGUGUGGGAAUUGUGGUGCCACGCGCACUUUCGAGGUGCAGAUGACGCCACAUGCGAUUACGGAGCUGGAGGCUGAUGAGCUGUCUCUGGAGGGUAUGGAUUGGGGUACUGUUAUUGUUGGGGUGUGCGAGAAAGACUGUCAGGCUCGUGGUGUGUCUGAAGGUGAGGUUGGGUAUCUUGAGGAGUGGGCUGGUGUGCAGUGGGAGGAAUUGACUGCUACCGGUGCUAAACGAUAGUAGGGGAGUAGGGGAGGUUCUAGGUGCUAUGUCUCUGUAGUGAGUACGGUAUGAGGAAAAGGGCCAGAAAAAGCAGGUGUUUUUGGUGGAAAACUCCAGAGAAGGGUUAUUAAGACUGAAGAGAUGUGCUUAAUCUCUUCCUGUUAUUUCUUGCUUCUAUUCGACUAGGGCCCUGAACUAAUUCAGCUGUAUUGCUCUGAUGGAUGCAAAAGUUCAACUAUUGAAAUAGACAAUUCUGUAGGUGGAAGGGACAAGAG